UUGUUUUGUGGUGUUUUGUUUCUUGGCUCUUGGAGAGCAGGUCCAAUGCAGUCCAGCUGACGAGAAUGGAAUAUGCCAUGAAGUCCCUCAGCCUUCUCAACCCCAAGUCCCUCUCCAGGUAUGUGGCAGUGAGCACCUCGGUGGUGACCCAGCAGCUGCUGUCGGAGCCCAGCCGGGCGCCCCUCAGAGUCCGGCCCUGCAGAGUGAGCACCCACGACCGGAGUGUGCGGAAGGGCAUCAUGGCGCACAGCCUGGAGGACCUCCUCCACAAGGUCCGGGACACCCUGGUGCUGGCAGACAAGCCCUUCUUCCUGGUGCUGGAGGAAGAUGGCACAGUGAUAGAGACAGAAGAGUAUUUCCAAACCCUGGCAGACGACACAGUGUUCAUGGCCCUCCAGAAGGGGCAGAAAUGGCAGCCCGCAUCAGACCAGGGCUCUAGGUACCAACUCUCCCUCUCCCGUAAGCCUGCCAAGAAGAUCGAUGUGGCCCGUGUAACUUUUGACCUGUACAAGCUGAACCCACAGGACUUCAUUGGCUGCCUGAAUGUAAAGGCAACUCUCUACGGCACAUACUCCCUUUCCUACAAUCUUCACUGCUACGGGGCCAAGCGCAUCAUGAAGGAAGCUCUUCGCUGGGCCCUCUUCAGCAUGCAGGCCACAGGCCACAUGCUGCUCGGCACCUCCUGUUACAUGCAGCAGCUUCUGGAUGCCACCGAGGAAGGGCAGCCCCCGAAGGGCAAGGCCCCCUCCCUCAUCCCGACCUGUCUGAAGAUACUGCAAUGAAGGCCCAAGUCCUCGAAGGCCUUCUCCAGCCAAGGACUAGCCUGGGAAUCCCAUGCUCAGCUGGUAGCGCCCACAAGCCUGGCAGUUAGAGAGCUUCUUAUCUCCCUACAUCUCCCUCACCCACACAGGACCAUGAAUGUGGAAGCAGGAGGAAGGGCUGGAAACCUGGGAUGGGAUGGCCAAAGCAAAGAUGAGGGCUUUUGUCCCGGCCUAGCUCCUCCCUGUCCGAGGUAGCUUAGCUGACCAAGACUGUUCGCCAGCACGCUAGGCAUGAAGUCUGCCCCUCAGCUACCGGUCUUCACAUGCUAUACUUUCAUCACACUCCCUACCUCCUGGCCCCCAUCCCUAAUAGUCCUGAGUGAACGGUCAGGCCCAUUAGUAUAUGAUAUUAGAGA